AUGGUAAAAGAGCAAAGCAGUGUAACUUCUGGCCAUAAGCCUACAGAUUUCAAUCCAGAUGAUCCUUUAACGCUCGUGAUAAUACAGAUCGUCCUCAUCAUAGUUUUCACUCGUGUUCUCAAUGUUGCUCUCUCGCGUUUUCGCCAACCUCGCGUCAUAUCCGAAGUCAUAGGCGGUAUUAUCCUAGGUCCUUCGGUCAUGGGUCACAUCCCUGGAUAUAUGAAUGUUAUAUUUCCUAAUGAAUCUUUAACCUACCUUAAUUUACUUGCGAAUUUGGGUUUGAUCCUCUUUUUAUUUAUUAUCGGCGUUGAAUUAAAUCCUAAAAUGUUGAUUUCAAAUGCAAAAACUGCAUUAACUAUCUCUGCUGCUGGCAUCUGUUUACCUUUCACUCUUGGUAUUGGUGUGAGUUAUGGAUUGUAUCAUUAUUUGAACAAUGAUAACAGUGUCCCUUUUUCGAGUUUCAUGCUUUUUAUAUGUGUCGCCAUGUCAAUUACGGCAUUUCCCGUACUUGCUCGUAUCUUGUCCGAGCUUAAACUUCUUAGGACACCAGUUGGAAUCACUGCUCUUACUUCCGCUGUUGGUGAUGACAUCGCUGCUUGGGUACUUCUUGCCUUAGUGGUUUCCAUCAUAAAUGCUACGAAUGCCCUUACUGCUCUUUACACUUUCUUGCUUUGUGCCGGUUGGACUUUGUUUGUAGGAUUGGUCAUUCGUCCAAUUUUAAUGAUGCUUAUUAUUAGAACCGGCAGUAAUGAUUUUGGUGGUCCGUCAGUAACAAUGGUGGCCAUUACGUUAACGUUAGUUUUAAUAUCCGCCUUUGUCACGAAUAUCAUUGGAGUUCAUUACAUUUUCGGUGCUUUUAUUAUUGGUGUAAUUGUACCGCAUGAGAGUGGUUUUGCGAUAAGCAUUGCUGAAAAGAUUGAGGAUGUAGUCAGCGUUUUGUUUUUGCCAAUUUAUUUUGCUCUUUCUGGUCUUAAAACUCAACUCGGUUUAUUGAAUGAUCUUCGUAUAUGGGGUUGGCUUCUUUUGGUGAUUUGCGCCGAUAUGUUUGGUAAAAUCACUGGUGCCACCAUCGCAUCUAGAUUAAACAAGCUAACCUGGAGAGAAUCUCUUACCAUCGGUGUUUUCAUGAGUUGUAAAGGUCUGGUUGAAUUGAUCGUACUUAAUAUUGGCUAUGAUGCCCGAGUGAUCAACGACAGAGUUUUCGUAAUUAUGGUGACUGUUGCCCUUAUAAUCACAUGUACCACGACUCCUCUCGCUAUGUGGCUUUAUCCAAGAAAAUAUAGAAGAAUGAUGGAACGUAUACGGGCCGGUCAUGUCACUACUUCGAUUGAAGGUGAUUCUUGGAAAGAAUCUCGUGCAUCUGACGAUACACUAACUGAUCUAUCCAAGAAUAAACGUUUAUUGGUUGUUUUAAAUAAAAUUGAAUGGUUACCUGGUAUGAUGAUGUUGGUACAAUUAUUACAACCAUUUCCUUUAUUUCCUAAAGCUAUUUCUCGGAGGAAUA